AUGGGCUCAAACCAGUCUCGGCCCUUCGACGAGGCCUCUGACCAUGAGAAGGCAGCCUCGGAAAGACUCGGCACCCUCCAACUUGAGAAGGAAUCUGGUCUAGAGGAAGACUAUGUCUACGUCAAUUGCGAAAAGGGCAAACAGGGUAUCCAAGCUGUCCUGAACUCCCGCAAGCCAGAAAGUAUUCCCGUCUCGCGGACGGCAGAGUGGCAAGAUGAGCUGCUCGAGGAUCCCAAGAACAGACUCGCCAUCUCGGCCCUCAGCGCGGCCGACCCUAAGCAGGUGCUCUCCUCGCGCGCAGCCAAGAUUGCGGAGCAGCACGUCUUCAACGUCAAGAUCCCUUUUGAGGGCGGGCCCAUCACCAACCAGCGGCAGAGCGGCCGCUGCUGGCUGUUUGCCAGCACGAACGUGUUCCGGGUAGCUCUGAUGCAGAAGUACGGGCUCGACUCGUUUGAGCUGUCGCAGGCCUAUCUCUUCUUCUGGGACAAGCUGGAGAAGAGCAACUGGUUCCUGGAGCAGAUCAUCUCGACUGCCGACAUGGACCUCGACUCACGGCUGAUGCAGACGAUGCUGCGAGAGCCGCUGAGCGAUGGCGGACAGUGGGACAUGGUGUACAACCUCGUCACCAAAUACGGCCUCGUCCCCCAGUGCCUCUACCCAGACAGCUUCUCGGCCAACGCCAGCGGCGUCCUCAACAGCAUCAUCUUCACCAAGCUGCGCGAAGACGCUCUCAUCCUCCGGAAGCUCCUCUCCAACAACCCGUCCAGCACCACCACCACCACAUCCGCCCAGAUCUCCACCGCCAAAGCCAAAAUGCUUCGCGAAAUCCAGACUAUCCUCACCCUCACCCUCGGCCCGCCCCCCUCCGCCACGGCGCCCUUCGAGUGGUCCUUCACCGACAAGGCCGGCCGCGCCCGCACCGUACGCACCACGCCCCGCGCCUUUGCCGCGGACAUCUACUCGCCCGGGCAAUUCCGCAUCACCUCAGCUGUGAUCGAGAAGAUGGUCUCGCUAGUCCACGACCCACGCCACGACCCGCUGAGCCUGCUGGCCGUCGACCGGCUGGGUAACGUCGUCGGCGGGCGGGGCGUGAGAUACAUCAACGUCGACAUGGCGACGCUGAAACGGGCGUGCGUGGCGAUGCUCAGGCGUGGGGUGCCUGUUUUCUUUGGGAGUGAUGUCGGGCAGUGUAGCGAUGCCAAGUCGGGGGUCAUGGAUUUGGAAGUCAUUGACUACGAGGUUGGGUUCAAUGUUUCACUCUUAAAGGGGAUGGACAAGGCCGGUCGGCUGAGGACGGGCGAGAGCCAGAUGACGCAUGCCAUGGUGCUGACGGGGGUGCAUGUGGAUGAGGAGAUAGGGGAAACGGUCCGGUGGAGGGUGCAGAACUCGUGGGGGAGCGCGGUUGGGGAGAAGGGGUGGUUUGUCAUGGCGGAUGGGUGGAUGGAUGAGUUUGUGUAUCAGGCCGUCGUAGAUCCGGCGGUGUUGAGUGACGAGGUGAGGAGGGUGCUGGACAAGGAGCCCGUGGUGCUGCCACUGUGGGAUCCGAUGGGGAGUCUGGCUUAG